CCCUGUACAGGUGUACCCCCUGAUGGCAGCCCUGUGGCUGAUCAGGAAACGCAUCAUAGGGAAAAUGGUAGUGGCUAGUUCCAAUCUUCGGAAAGGACUUCAGUGACGUCACGAUCAUGUGACCACUACAUUGAGGAUUAGUUGCGCGGUUGCCGGGUUUAUAGCCCAUUUGGCUACUUUUAAAACGAAGUGGUGAGUUUUAAAAGUCCAAACCCGCCAAUGUACAGAUUUGGGCUAGUUCUGGAAGCUGCUGCGGGUUUGGACUUUCAAAACCCGCCCCAUUUUUUUUUAUGCAAAUUGAGGUGAUGUCAGAGUUGUGUGACGCCGGCCGGGCCCACCCCGAGAGAGAGAGAAAGAGAGAGACUGACUGACUGACUGACUGAGCACAGAACGGCUGGUGUCAUGAAGUGGUAUUUCUCCUGCUUACCCUUUGCUUCCAACAUGCAUUGUUCUCUUCUCCCUCCUUAUCUCUUCACCCUACUUUUCCGCACCUCUACUGCUUCCUCUUCUCCCACAGGGUUAUGAACAUCCCUCAUCAUCACAUUAUUUCAAAGUGCUGCUGUAGUACUGUAUAGAGCGAAAUUGCACCAUAAGAUGUAUUAAAUAAAGGCGGGGGCCAGCUCCAUGUGGGCUUCUUGCUGUGGCUUGCUGAAUGAAGUCAUGGGUACUGGAGCAGUGCGAGGGCAGCAGUCAGGUUUCGGAGGAACUGGCCCUUUUAGAUUUGCGACAAAUACAGAUUUUUCUCCAUAUCCAUCCUCUAGCAACAUUGUGUGUAAAGCCUGCGGGCUAGCAUUUUCUGUCUUCAGGAAAAAGCAUGUUUGCUGUGAUUGCAAGAAGGAUUUCUGCUCUGUGUGUUCUACACCUCAGGAGAACUUUAGACGUUGCAGUACCUGCCAUUUGCUACAGGAGACAGACUUUCGAAGGCCUCAGCUCAUGAAGCUAAAAGUAAAGGAUCUGCGGCAGUAUCUAUCCCUUAGAAAUAUCCCUACUGAAAGUUGUAGAGAAAAGGAAGAUUUGGUAGAUCUGGUAUUGUGCCAUCAUGGCCCUUGUCCCACAGAAGACAUGGACAUUAGUAUGGGCAGCUCUGCAGGAUCUCGGUCCUCUAGCUUCUUCACACAUUCAUUUUUCUCUUCACCUCCUGCGCCUUCACCAUCACUGUCUUCAUCCCAGGGAGAACUAUCUGAAAGAAGUGGUAGCACAGUCACAUCCCAGGGUACAACUGAAGCAAUCUCCGCAUCUGAUACAGAACCCCAAGAACCACAGGCAGCUGAACAGUCUCAAAAGAGAGCAAGAGUGUCCCUGUCGGAUCUUUCAACUCUAGAGGAUAUUGAUGGUCUCACAAUCCGACAGCUAAAGGAAAUCCUGGCUCGGAACUUUGUCAACUACUCAGGAUGUUGUGAGAAAUGGGAAUUGGUAGAAAAAGUCAGUCGCUUAUACAGAGAGAAUGAAGAGAACAGAAAAUCUUUGCAGAAUUCAGAAAGCAAAGCAGAUCCAGAGAAAGAACUCCGCUCUCUGACAGGUGGUGAGGAGAACCUGUGCAGAAUUUGCAUGGACGCAGUUAUCGACUGUGUGCUCCUGGAGUGUGGCCACAUGGUAACGUGCACUAAAUGUGGGAAGAGAAUGAGCGAGUGCCCCAUCUGCCGCCAGUAUGUGGUGCGCGCUGUCCACGUAUUUAAAUCUUAAGCAACCAAUACCAAAAAUAUAUUUAUAUGCCCCAGUCUCCAGCUGUGAGUUACAGGACUGAUAGACUAAUAGAGUGCAGGCAGUGGAAAUGUGAAUCAUUAUGUACUGUAUUUUGCUUUGACUGUCCUGUUUCAAGAGUUGCAGGGAACACCUGCUAGAGCUCUUUGUGGAGCAGCAUGAAGGGGCGUGAGUAAACCACUUUAUAUAUAUAUAUAUAUAUUUUAUAUAUAUAUAUAUAUAUAUAUAUAUAUAUAUAUAUAUAUAUAUAUAUAUAUAUAUAUAUAAUGUAAAUUUAAAAUCUCACAUAUUAAAUAGCAGCCAGUAUCUGUACAACACAAAAAUACAAUUGUUGUGCACUUUUCUGGAUCUGUGCUUGCCAUUACAGAGCCAAUAACACCCCUCUUUUAGAGCUAGUAUGGCAUUCUGGGAAUUGCCUUACAUCAGCAUGUCUUUCAGGCAAAUUUGCAGUGCAAGAGCUGCUCUCAAUUCCUCAUAAUGCAAUCAACACACAGUUCCCUGUGCCAGUUACCAGUUUGGGGGGAGGGGCAGGUCCGGACUGAGAAUUACAUUAGGCCCUGGCGUUUCAGGUACACAGAGGCCCAAUAAGUCCACACAGAGGCCCAAACAGCCCCCACCAGCCCACCAAAUACUGACUGUCUAUGGGACCUUAUAGCAGCCACUCUGGCAUUUCCCAGAACCCACAGAUUGCCAGUCCGGGCCUGGAGAGGGUUGUUUAUCUGUGACUCCAUAGCAGUAAUGGAAGCUUCCAGUGUGCCAUAGCCUUUAGGGCAACAGUACAAAGGGUGAUUUUGAAUGUUUUGUCCCCACAGUUGCUUUGUGGGCAGAGGACAAAGCAUUUGAGAUCACACUAUUGUACAGCAGUUGCUGCAGAUGAAGAUACACUUACUAUUUAGAGACACACGCUCCCUGCUCAUAUCACUACUGGAGGGACAAAAUACUUGUUGGCACCCACAAUGAAAGCCCAGCAAUUGUCAUAGAGAAAAGUAAGUGCUUAAUGUGAUGACAAAACAGAACACCAUACUUGCUGGCAACUUUUCUAUUCUAAUUAUCGGCAAACUUGAUAUUUUGCAGAAAAAUGAAAACUCAUUUGUAUUGUGGCUGUUUUUUUUUGUUAAUGC